CCUCCUCCGUGGUGGUAGUGGUGGGACUCCCCGCGGCUGCUGCCCCUCCUGCCGCCCCCCACCGCAGUAGCGGCCACAGCUUGGUCAGCGGCAGCAUCAUGCAGGCCAACGGGGCAGGAGGAGGAGGAGGAGGAGGCGGCGGCGGAGGCGGAGGAGGUGGCGGCGGCGGUGGCAGCGGCGGCGGCGGGGGCCAGGGACAGACCCAGGAGCUCGCCUGCCUCUCGGCCCAGAAUGGGGAGUCGUCCCCCUCGUCGACUUCGUCCGGGGGGGACCUGGCCCAUGCCAAUGGGCUCCUGCCCUCUGCCCCCUCCGCCGCCAGCAACAAUAGCAACAGCCUGAAUGUCAAUAACGGGGUCCCCGGCGGGGCGGCCUCCGCCUCGUCCGCCGUCGCCGCGGCCACCUCGGCCACCACGGCCGCGUCUUCCUCGGCUGUGGCCGCCUCGGAGCUGGGCAGUAGCCUGAAAAAGAAGAAGAGACUCUCCCAGUCAGAUGAGGAUGUGAUUAGGUUAAUAGGACAGCACUUGCAUGGCUUAGGGCUCAACCAGACAGUUGAUCUCCUCAUGCAAGAGUCAGGAUGUCGUUUAGAACAUCCUUCUGCUACCAAAUUCCGAAAUCAUGUCAUGGAAGGAGACUGGGAUAAGGCGGAAAACGACCUGAAUGAACUUAAGUCUUUAGUGCAUUCUCCUCAUGCUAUUGUGAGGAUGAAGUUUUUGCUGCUGCAGCAGAAGUACCUGGAAUACCUGGAGGAUGGCAAGGUCCUGGAGGCUCUUCAAGUUCUACGCUGUGAAUUGACGCCCUUGAAAUACAAUACAGAGCGAAUUCAUGUCCUCAGUGGGUACCUGAUGUGUAGCCAUGCAGAAGAUUUACGUGCAAAAGCAGAAUGGGAAGGCAAAGGAACAGCUUCUCGAUCUAAACUUUUGGAUAAACUCCAGACCUAUUUGCCACCAUCAGUGAUGCUUCCUCCAAGGCGUUUACAGACUCUGCUACGUCAAGCUGUGGAGCUACAGAGGGAUCGGUGCCUAUAUCACAAUACCAAACUUGAUAAUAAUCUAGAUUCUGUGUCGCUGCUUAUAGAUCAUGUUUGUAGUAGGAAACAGUUCCCAUGUUAUACACAACAGAUACUUACAGAACACUGUAAUGAAGUGUGGUUCUGUAAGUUCUCUAAUGAUGGCACUAAACUAGCAACAGGAUCAAAGGAUACAACUGUUAUUAUAUGGCAAGUUGAUCCGGAUACACACCAGCUAAAAUUGCUUAAAACAUUAGAAGGGCAUGCUUAUGGUGUUUCUUAUAUUGCUUGGAGUCCAGAUGACAACUAUCUUGUUGCUUGUGGCCCAGAUGACUGCUCUGAGCUCUGGCUCUGGAAUGUACAAACAGGGGAGCUGAGGACAAAGAUGAGCCAGUCUCAUGAAGACAGUUUAACAAGUGUGGCUUGGAAUCCAGAUGGGAAACGCUUUGUAACUGGAGGGCAGCGUGGACAGUUCUACCAGUGUGAUUUAGAUGGUAAUCUCCUUGACUCCUGGGAAGGGGUAAGAGUGCAAUGCCUUUGGUGCUUAAGUGAUGGGAAGACUGUUUUGGCAUCAGACACACACCAGCGAAUUCGGGGCUACAACUUUGAGGACCUUACAGAUAGGAACAUAGUACAAGAAGAUCACCCUAUUAUGUCUUUUACUAUUUCAAAAAAUGGCCGAUUAGCUUUGUUAAAUGUAGCAACUCAGGGAGUUCAUUUAUGGGACUUACAAGACAGAGUUUUAGUGAGAAAGUAUCAAGGUGUUACACAAGGAUUUUACACAAUUCACUCAUGUUUUGGAGGCCAUAAUGAAGACUUCAUCGCUAGUGGCAGUGAAGAUCAUAAAGUAUACAUCUGGCACAAACGUAGUGAGCUGCCAAUUGCAGAGCUAACAGGACACACACGCACAGUUAACUGUGUGAGCUGGAACCCACAGAUUCCAUCCAUGAUGGCCAGUGCUUCAGAUGAUGGCACCGUUAGAAUAUGGGGACCAGCACCUUUUGUAGACAACCAGGAUAUUGAAGAGGAAUGCAGUAGCAUGGAUAGUUGAUGGCGAAUUCGGAGCAGACGACUUCUGUUUAACUUAAAAUUAGUCGUAUUUUAAAUGGCUUGGGAUUUGGUGCAAACAAACAUGAUUGAUAGCUGGACAGACAUGCUCGUCAUGAAAAAAAAAGAACCAUUUCUGAAGCCCGAUCGGGGCCAAACAUUUACCACCUUGCUUCAUAGUAACCAGUUGAGAUGAAGCACGUCGUUAGAACGUUGUUGGACACCGUGUUGAAUUACCCCCCCAUCGGUUGUGAAGAACUGUGCUACAUUCAGGCUACCCAUUGAACUCAGUAUAUAUAUUUUUUUCCUUCCUGCCUUUUUGUCUGGCGGGCUACCAUUCUUGUUGCUCUUCUGUGUAAUGAAGUUUAAAUGCUUGUUUGGAAAACUUUAUUUAACAGUUUAGAAGGCUUGAUAGAAAGAGUGCUUUAGUCUGAAGAGUAUACGUUGGAUAGGAAAGUUAUUUCCUUCUCUUGUUUCUCUAAAUCUCUCCGCCUUAUUUAGCUUGAGAUCUUUGCAGCUUGGUUCAUGGAUUCUAGCCUUGCCCGUUGCGCAGUAUAUACUGAUCCAGAUGAUAAACCAGUGAACUAUGUCAAAAGCACUCUCAAUAUCACAUUUGACAAAAAGUUUUGUACUUUUCACAUAGCUCGUUGCCCCGUAAAGGGUUAACAGCACAAUUUUUUUUAAAUAAAUUAAGAAGUAUUUAUAGGAUUAAAGUGACUUCAUUUGUAUACAUUUGGAACUUAAACCAGCUUAAAAACAGUGUCAUCUAUGACAUAGAUAUGCAGUAUAACUGAUGAUCUUCUGGAGUACCAUACAAGACAUGGUCAGAAACAGUGCUCAGAAGGACUUUACACAGGCAAUUAAGAGUAAAAUUUUUGAGGUCUUUUGUUUUUGUUCUUACAGCCAUCACUCAUCUUUAAAAUGCUAACUUCUAGAUGCACAACCAACGUGAUAGAAUAGAACAAGGUCAACUUAGGAUUUCUCAAAUGCUUAUCCAAGUUUUUCAUGAAAUUGGAAAUCAAAAGAUGAAAAAGAAUAGAAACCUAAAGAAAUGCUACAAUCUUGGCUACAUUUUUUAAAUCUCAAAAGUAAUUUAAGAGGCUCAUAUCCAGAUUAUAAUACAUAUUGAGUUUAUAAACAUCCAUUUUUCCCUACAUUACAAGUUUUUCCUCUAUGUUUUGAUCUAUAGGGAUGCAUAGAUUUUAAAGAAUACCCCUUUUAAGUUGAAGUUAAAAAUAUUGCCAUACUGGACCUCAUUCUAAACUGGUGCUGUGGAUAGAUUUCUUUUUUCUGGUUUUUGUUUUUAAAUAUAAGGAAUGGUUUCCUUUGUAAAAAACAAAAAAACAAAAAACAAAAAAGCACUUUUAUUUUGAAUAUUUUACACUUCUGAAAAUAAGCCAAGAGCCUGAUGUUCAUGUUGUGCUUUUUACCCCAUCACAGUUGAAUAUGGCACACUUGGUCUCCCUUGAAAUUCCCUUCUUUUUCAGGUAAAGGACAAGAUAGGGUAGACCACAGCUUUUGGUUAGGGGAAAAGGUAUCAGGAUGAACCCAGAGUGAAAGAUCAUGAUCAGUACAAGUCUUGAACUGGAGUUACAGCUCCCUUUAGGACCAGCCGUCUACACUAUAGUUAACCACUGUGGAUAGACUUCUCCAGAAUCCACGUGGGGAAGGAAAAGGCAUGGGUGGCUUGGAUAUCACGGAUUCUUCCAUUAUUUGGGGGGAGAGGGGGAGGAAAACUUGGUUGGUGGGAGGAAUAAUACGGGGGUGGGGGAGGAGAGAGAAACACAAAUUGGCCUUAAAAUAGCAGAUUCUCCCCAAAGCUUGCAGUAAGAGAGAAAUUAAUAGAUUGUGGUCAACAGAUUAUUUAUCAAAUUGGUAUAUAACCUUAAAGAUUUUCAUAGUGUCUUUACUCUCCAUUUUGCAGAGAUCGCCACUUAGAGAAUCAAAGAAUUCCUGUCUGUUUUGAUACUUCUGAGUUAGAAUAAGAACUAUAUGUUACAGCUUAUCUGGUACUUCAUUUUUCUUAACUAAAAUUACUUUUUACUUUAAGCUUGAAUAAAAGUCUAUUGGUAACUGUA